CAUUGACGUCUGCUAUAGCUUCUUAAGAAACUACAAGACGUUAGAAAUGGAGAAUGAUCCACUGAGUUUAGUAUUUCUGGGCGCAAGCGUGUUUGUUCUAGUCUUACUCGCAGUGUGUUGCACCGUGUGCUACUGUGCCUGCUGUGCAUGCGGAUCGUCCUCACCUACAGCGGCUUCUACGCCGAAAGAAACAAGUUCGACUAAGAAGACAGGAGAGGGGAAGUUAAGCUGCCACCUAGUUGUAGUUAUAGUUUUUCAACAUCCAUAACAAGAAUGAAUUAUCAACUUCUUUCUUGGAAACUUCAUAGAAAUCGUUAUCGUUCUUUAAAAUGAGUCGAUGAACAUGAAUCCUACUAUCCAACAAGGAAGUCAAAUAUUCAAGGAGUAAGUAAGUAGCUAAUAAAGAAAGAGAAAAUACUCUCACUCACAAAUUCUAAUUUCUUCUAUUUCUAUUUAAUAAUUUAUUCUAAUUUCAAUUUCUUCUAUUUCUUCAAUUUCAAUUUAUUCUAAGAGAAGAAACACUUACUCUCUCGGGGCAUGUUGCGAGAAUCCUGUCUGAAUUGAAGCUGCUGCCCGCGAGCGUGGAGGUGGAGCCACGCUUGCAUAAUGCUACUCGGCAUAGAGGAACUAAGGACCUGGACAAUUCGUUUUUGGACUUGAGGGAGAUGAAUGAUGGAGAUGGAGGUAAGAAUGUUCAGGGAGUGUCGUCACAAGUGGUCGUCAGUCGUGAUAGAGCUGGAGCUGCGCUUAGGGAAAAAGAUACAACAGCUAGUAAAACUAGUUCUGCAAAGCCAAUAAAGGUAGAGCAACCACAAGCACAUGUGGAUUUUAGUGAAAGAACAAGUGCGAACAGCAAGGGAGCAAGAGGAAGUCCCGUAGUGCCACUCCACAAAGAUCGUAAACCGAUUCCCCUUGGCAAGGAUCAGUAUCUAGUCAACGGUGGCAUAGUUGUGACCCUAUGAUUAUGAACUUAUUCACAGUUAGUCAACGGCGCUGUCGCCGUAUACAUCCCCAAAUAAAGUUUUAAACCCCACCCUUCCUCAGGAUUAAGCAUGAUGUACCCCUAGAAUGGGUUUACUACUACUACUAUACAUAGUUAGUCAACGGCGCUGUCGCUGGCAUAGCUCUAGCUGUCACUUUUUGACCUGAGCAUAAUCUUUGGUUACGUUUUAUUGCUGCGGG